AUGCGCGUCAAAUCUGACGAGGACCACAGUCUAACACAUGGUGUAUCAUCCGAGAAACCAUUAAAGAAUCGUUUUCUUUUUCUUGAGGAGUUCCUGCAAGAGGUGGCUCAGAACGAGGCUAAGCUCCUGGACCUGUUAGAUGAGAAGUCUCUGAGGAAGCUCGCUGACCCCUCCAUUCUAGUUACCACUACCCUAGAAGCGCGAGCUAAGGCGUUGAGGAGAGAGAAGAUAAUGCAGACUGAGAUGGAGUCCUUGAGAGCAGUCGUGGCGUCGUUGCGAAGUCAAAUUGCUGUGCUCGAAGAUGCUCUUGCUGAGGCUAGGAGGAAGGAGAUGGGGGAUAUAAAGGGAAGAUUUGAAAUUGAAGAUGACGAGGAGGCUGAUGAUGGCAGUGGUAGAGGUGUCCAAACUUGCAUUUCGGGUUCGAUCCCUGGUGGCGGCAUUUUCCCCUCCGGUAUAUCUGAUAACGCUGGUUUCUUCAUGGCUUGGACCCCUCGAAGCGAACCGGAUGAUCCGGUUGAUGGUUUUAAGAUCGAACUCGAUGUGUUCUUGAUCGACUAA